AUGUCUAGUCUAUCAUACAAAACUUAUCAACAAGUGAUAAGCCUUCCAAAUUCCAAAGCUAACACAAAAGUCACUCCAGCUCCAGUUAAGAGAAGGACCAAGUCAGGAUGCUUAACAUGUAGAAAGAGAAAGAAGAAGUGUGAUGAGGAUGUAGCCGGAGGAAAGUGCCAAGGAUGCACCAGAAACUUUUUGGAGUGCUGCUGGCCAGAGGCUACCGCAAAGAAAUCUGCACCUGCUGCCACUGCUGCUGCUGCAACAGACUUAGCAGUCGCCAGUACACCAGUGGAAUUGCCUAUUACCCCAAAGCAGACACCUCAAAGCAGUCCACGUCUUUCUAUGGCUACCAAGCCAGAAUCUCCAUCCUCGAAGGCAAAGGCAUACCCAUCACCAGAAAUGUCACCUGUAUUUGAAGGAAAAGAGGAACAGUCAGAAAUCCUGACCUUGGAGUUGCCAAAGGCACACUUCAAAGUUACCAAGCCAAAGAAACAAGUUGAGAAAAAGCAACUUGCAAAGAAUUUGAAUAACUUCCAAACUAAAUUUGUGAUAACGUCAGUGGAGAAGAGAAGAUUAGUACACAUUAAAUAA